AUGAGCUCCACCUCAAGCUUCCGCGACGCCACCGACACUCGCAAGAGGCAGUCCAAGCGUGACGAGGCCAUUCGCAAGAAGAUCGAGGGCGAACUGCAGCGCAAGUCGGGCAAGCCCGCUACGCCUAUCGCCUCGCGCCGCACCAAGCGCUCGGCGCGUCCUCCCGUCGCCGCCGCCGGCACCGUCUCGGCGCUGCGUCCGCUGCCCGCACUCACCGUUCCGCAGUCCAUCAGCGUCGCUGAUGCGAGUCAGCUGUGCGCUGCCAAGCGCACCGACUGCGUGCUCGUCGUCGACGAGGAGGAGCAUCUAGCCGGCAUCUUUACCGCCAAGGACCUUGCCUUCCGUGUGGUCUCGGCUGGCCUCGAUGCACGAAACACGCCCGUGUCCACCAUCAUGACGCGCUCGCCCAUGGUCACCCGCGACACCACCUCGGCCACCGAGGCGCUCAACACCAUGGUCACGCGCGGCUUCCGUCACCUUCCCGUCUGCAACGAGGACGGCGACGUCGUCGGCCUGCUCGACAUUGCAAAGGUGUUUUACGAGGCGCUCGAGAAGCUCGAACGUGCCCACGGCUCCUCCCAGAAGCUCUACAACGCCCUCGAGGGCGUCCAGAGCGAGUGGGGCGGCUCGGCGGGCCCGCAGCAGGCCAUGCUCCAGUACAUCGAGGCGCUGCGCCAGAAGAUGAGCAUCCCCGAUCUCUCGUCCAUCCUCGACUCGCGCACGCUCCCCUGCUGCGUCGGCGUGCGCACCACCGUCCGCGAGGCGGCUCGUCUCAUGAAGGAGCACCACACCACCGCAGUCUGCGUCAUGGAGUCCACCGGCACCGGUCCGGGCACCGGCCAGAUCGGCGGCGGUGGCGCCGUCUCGGGCAAGAUCGCCGGUAUCUUUACGUCCAAGGAUGUUGUGCUGCGUGUCAUCGCUGCGGGCCUCGACCCCAAGACGUGCUCGGUGGUGCGUGUCAUGACGCCGCACCCCGACACCGCCCCGCCCUCGUUGACCAUCCAGGAGGCGCUGCGCAAGAUGCACGACGGCAGGUACCUCAACCUGCCCGUCGUAGACGUCGACAGCCGUCUGGUGGGCGUCGUCGAUGUGCUCAAGCUCACCUACGCCACCUUGGAGCAGAUCAACAGCAUGAACGACGAGCAGGCAGGCGGCGACGGUGCUGCGGGCGGUCCCAUGUGGAACCGGUUCUGGAACUCGUUUGGCCAGUCCAACUCGAUUGCGGGCGACGACGAGUCGGCCGUCAGCGGCAGCAUGCGCCACUCGGAGAGCCAGUUCGAACCGCCCACCCCGAGCAAGCUCGGUGCGGGCAUUGCCGACAUCUCGUCCGAUCUCCACCCGAACGAUUCGGCCAGUGCAGUCGGACAUGCGCUCACCGGCGAUGAUGGCGCGAGCGCCAUCGGCGUUCCCUCGUUGGCGGCCGUCGAGGCGGACGAUGGCACGUACCUGUUCAAGUUUGUCACGCCCAGCGGCAGGACGCACCGCUUCCAGGCGCGGUACGAUAGCUACGAGACCAUCCGCGAGAUCGUGUGCAUCAAGCUCGGUGGCGAUCCCUUCUUCGAACCUGUCCCCGCAGCCGCUUCUGGCGCAGUGGAGAAUGGUGAGGCAAACGGCGAUGCGCAGCCGGCCGUCAACGGAGCAGCGGAAGUUCCGGAUCCGAACGACUUCCAGCUGGCCUACACCGACGACGAGGAGGAUGUGGUGCUGAUUACUGCGGAUGGUGAUGUGCAGGAUGCAGUCAAGGUUGCGCGCAAGCAGGGACGCGACCGUGUGGUGCUGCUGCUCCAGGGCGGACGUGGAUGGGACGAGGCUGCUGCGCGUGCCGGCGCAGCGGCAACUCCGACAACCGCAGCCAGCCAGACGGCAAGGAAACGUCAGCAGACGCGCGAAAAUGCAGACGCCCAGCUGCAAAGCGUCGCCGAAGAGGAAGAGCGCGAAGCUGCAGACGAAGAAGUCGCGCCCAAGAAGACUGCCAAGCGCAAACCCGCCGACGAGGAGCUCCUCUUCGGCGUGCUUCCGAAGGACCUCGCGCUGCCCGCCGCAAUCGGAUUCCUAGGCGUUGCAGUCCUGGCCGCUGUGGCCAUCACAAAGUCGGGCUCCAACGCGCAUUGA